CCUUUUCUAGUAUAUAUACACACAUUGCUAUUUCAAAACUUUUCCACUCAAAACUCAACCAAAAUAAUGGCUGGAACCCGAAUCCGAUUUGGAAUACUCGGAUGUGCAAACAUAGCCCGAAAGGUAUCACGGGCUAUGCUUCUAUCCGAUAACAUAACCAUAUCCGCCAUAGGCAGCCGUUCCUUAGACAAAGCAAUUGCUUUUGCAUCCGAAAACCAUUUCCCAGAAUCCACCAAAGUUUAUGGAACCUACGAUGCCGUAUUGGAUGACCCUGAUGUCGAUGCGGUUUAUGUUCCGUUACCAACUAGCCUACAUGUGAAAUGGGCUGUUUUGGCUGCUGAAAAGAAGAAACAUGUUUUGUUGGAGAAACCUGUCGCGCUUAACGUUGGCGAACUGGAUACGAUACUAGGGGCUUGUGAAUCGAGUGGGGUGCAGUUCAUGGAUGCUACCAUGUGGAUGCAUCAUCCACGGACUGUAAAGAUGAAGGAGGUCCUUUCUGAUCAGCACAAAUUUGGUCAACUCAAAUCGGUCCAUAGCACGGUGUCAUAUGUAGGAGGAAGCGAUUUCCUUCAAACCGAUAUUCGUGUAAACCCGAAUCUAGACUCCCUAGGAGCUCUUGGGGAUACAGGAUGGUAUAGCAUACGAGCUAUUUUAUGGGCUUAUGAUUAUGUGCUUCCAAAAACAGUGACCGCGCUUCGUUACCCUGAGUAUAACGAUUUAGGGGUAUUAUUAUCAUGUGGCGCUUCACUAAACUGGGAAAAGGAAGGAAAGGUAGCAACGUUCUAUUGUUCGUUCCUUACUAAUUUAUGCCAGGAUAUAAUUGCGGUUGGUACGAAUGGAAACUUUCGUGUCCAUGAUUUCGUUAUCCCGUUUAAUGAAAAGGUUGCACCAUUUUAUACCGUAGCAAAUUCUAGAUGGGCCGAAUUAUCAAUUGGGUGUGUGCCUGAGCCGAGUGAGUGUAAAAUCACAAUUGAUCUUCCUCAAGAAGCAUUAAUGGUUCAGGAAUUUGCUCGACUCGUUCAGGGAAUUCGCGAUAAUGAGGCUAAACCCGAGACUAAGUGGCAGAUGAUUAGUAGAAAGACUCAAGUGGUCAUUGAUGCAGUUGUAGCAUCCAUCAAGAACGGCUUCCAGACAGUCGAAGUUGUUUACUAGAUCUACUCUACUUGCUUUGUUUUUGCGUUUUGGUUGUGUGAAAUAAAUCGUUGUUUGAUAAAUCUAGUAUCAUCACACGAGAAAAUGAAUACUUGAGUUAUAUAUUGGAUGGAAAAUGAUUAAUCUUCCUAAAUCCUUUUAAAA